AUGCUAGAUCCUGAGGGCACUGUGGAGCACAAGCCUUCCUCUUCUCUCCCUAAAGUUUUCCUCAUCCCUCUAGCCAUGCUCCUUGCAAUUGCAGCACUCCUGCUCUUAGCGUUUUCCGCUACGCAGCAGAAAGAGCCUGAUUUUUACACUUUCAAAGUUGUAAACAUCAGGGGCAAACUAGUCUCUCUGGAGAAAUACAGGGGCUCGGUGUCGCUAGUUGUCAAUGUUGCAAGUGAGUGUGGAUAUACAGAUAGCCACUACAAGGCCUUACAACAGUUACAGAGAGACCUCGGCCCAUACCAUUUCAAUGUGCUGGCAUUCCCAUGCAAUCAGUUUGGGCAGCAAGAACCAGACACUAACAAAGAAAUUGAGAGUUUUGCGCGAAAGACUUAUGGUGCCUCCUUUCCUAUGUUCAGCAAAAUUGCAGUCAGCGGAGCCGGUGCAAUUCCUGCCUUCAAGUACUUAAUUGAUUCUACAGGAGAAGAACCAACCUGGAACUUCUGGAAAUACCUGGUGGAUCCUAAUGGGAAAGUAGUAAAGGCCUGGGACUCUACUGUCUCUGUUGAAGAAAUAAGACCUUAUGUUACAGAACUUGUAAGGAAAAUCAUCCUGAAGAAGAAAGAUGAAUUAUGACUUUCAAAAAUCCCAGCAAGCCAAUUACAUCUUUGUUGAGAAUUAGAGCUGGAGUUUGUCUUUACACAUUCCAAGAGAGAGUACAUGGUAAAGAGAAAUCAUGACCAGUGGAAUUUAUAUUCACCAUCCUAAGAAUGUAGAAAACAGCAAGUUAUCAUGGUCAAAGUAAUUUAAAUUUUUUCUCCAACUGAAUUCAAUUUGACCUUUCUGGGAAAGAAGAACUCAUCAGCAAUUUUUUCUUUCCCAAUUCAAAUUAUUAGUUGUUGGUGACACUAUAGGAAGUCAGGUCAUGUAUCUGUAGGAAGAAGGCUCAGAAUAACAAGAAUUUCCUGAUUGAGAUCUCACUGACAUCUACAAUUCUGUUGGCAUAUUUUGAUUGUGAACUGAAUGAACAAAUAAAGAGUAAAAAGAGC